CUUAAACAAUUUGAAACUUAAAAUGUCUGUAAACAGUUCAAAACAAAUCAAAAUAUUUUAAUCGUGUAUAGAAAAUACUAAUACAAACAUUCAGUCGAAAUUUCAUGUAUCUACAUUCUUCGGUCAUUUAUUUUAGUUACACCAAAAACCAAAAUUGGUUUCGUAUUGUAAAAUUAGUACAUUCACCACUCCGUUCAGAAUAUAAAACAAACACACGUCGUAAUGCAUGCAAGGAGAGAUGGACUAGAACUAGAGACAAUCAUAGGAAGGCUUUGAAUCUGCGCAAAACCAAAAGCGGCCAAGCAGCAUCAAAACUGAAGCCUCCCAAAUACUAUAAAGAGCUCACUUUCCUCACUCCGUAUUUGAAUGACGAGGAAGAGAGACUUUCAAACUUAUCGCCACCUAUUGGUGAUGAUAGUGACGGUGAUGGAAAAGAGCUUGAAAUAUCACGUAAUCUAAAUAAUUUAGAUAGUGGUACAGUAACUGAAUCAAGUGAUACACAAGAGUCACAACCAACAUCGUCCAUGUUGUCAUCACGAAAUGUUGGUAGAAAAUCAAAGUUUGUAACAACACAACAACCAACUGCAGCUAACGUCCUUCAGGAAUAUUUAUCAGAAAAGAACAACUCAACAGCAUUCAGAGUGAUCCUAUGGUUGAAUUUUUUAAAUAUGGCAAAAACAGUCAAGACUUUUCCUAUUCGAGAUCAAGUUCACAUUAAGGCGCAAUUAUUUCAAAUGGUUAACAAUGUAGAGAUGCAACUCGCGAUAACUUCACCAACUCCUGUUUCCAACGUAACGAUGCCUCCGCCACCAUCAAAUUAUUCAAGGUUUUGUACACCGUCUACUUCAAAACAAACUUCAAAUAGAACAAUGUAUUUUUCACCUGCCAUGAACGAAACUUUGCAUGUUCAUUGCCCGUCACCCGUAACGAUGUCUCCUUCACCUGAUUCAAAUGUAGUUAUGACUCCGUCGCCUAAUUCUAAUGCAUCGAUGUCUCCUUUGACUAAUUCAAGUGCCAUUAUGACUCAAUCACCUUCCACAAACGAAUUUUCUUAUACGCAGGAUCAAGAUAAUCAAUAUCUAAGUCAAUUUUUAAAAUUUCCUUAUAAUAAUAUAAAUAAUGUAUCGGAAUAACUUUGUUUUGUACAUCAUUGUAAAAAACUGA